CAAUCCAUCAGCUGAUACACACAGAGGGGGGCGUGUCCACCGGGCAACUUUUUCUGGAGCUCGUAAAAAAGUUUGUGCGAGCGUCUGUCCGUCGUUAAGCAUGGCGGAGGUUACGAAGAAGCUCCUGGACUCGGUGGAGACCUGUGUGGAUGACAUGCUGGAGGGGCUGGUGGCGGUAAACCCGGGGUUACGCCUGUUGGCCGGCAACCGUGUGGUGUUACGUGAGGACUGGGAGGGGGUGAGAGCUAACAGGGUGGCUGUGGUGAGUGGAGGAGGGUCCGGACAUGAACCUGGCUAUCAUGGAUUUGUAGGGACUGGCCUGCUGACAGCGGCUGUUCCUGGGAACAUCUUUGCCUCACCUCCUCCGGAUGACGUGCUCGCUGCACUACGGGCUGUAACGGGACCAGCUGGAGCCAUCGUCCUAGUUACUAACUACACGGGAGACCGCCUGACGUUCGGGAUCGCGGUGGAGAGUGCUCGGGCGGAGGGACUGCAGGUGGAGAUGGUGUGUAUCGGGGAGGACUGUGCCGUCUCCAGUAAGGACAAAACUGCCGGGAGGAGGGGACUGGCAGGGACCGUGUUUGUUCAGAAGAUUGCAGGAGCUCUAUCUGAGGAAGGCAAAUCCUUGGAGGAAAUAGUGGAAGCAGUAAAAAGUGCAAUCGCCAGUAUGGGCACCAUGGGGGUCUGCCUGUCCCCUUGCAGUGUACCUGGAUCAGGGCCAAUGUUCCAGGUGCCACACGACACCAUUGAGCUGGGUCUAGGUGUUCACGGUGAGGCUGGAGUGGGAAGAAUGAAGAUGGAUACAGCUGAAAAAGUAGUGGAGACUGUCCUGACUCACAUGACCAACCCAGACAACACCAGCCGUAUUGAGGUGAAGAAAGGGGACAGUGUAGCUCUGCUGGUGAAUAACCUGGGAUCCACUGCUUACCUGGAGCUCUACAUCAUUGCCAGAGAUGCCAUCAAGUACCUGGAGGCCCGUGGUGUGUCUGUGGAGAGGAGUUACGUGGGUCCGUUCGUGACGUCGCAGGAGAUGGCCGGCAUGUCUCUGACCCUGCUGAGACUGGACGACACAAGGAGGCGCUGUCUUGAUGCGGCGACCACGGCCCAUGCCUGGUUCCCCACGUGUCCCUCCCCCAGUACCGGCACCCUGCGCACUACCAGGACUAGGGUACAGCUCUCCACUCACAGUCAGCAAGCAGCAACCACAGAUGCAGAUGCCACAAAGGUGGACAAGGAAACAGCACAGCAGAUUUUCUGUGUUGUGUCUGCUGUCUGCAACUCCCUGGUGGCAGCAGAGGAACAGCUGAACGACCUUGACCGAGCCUGUGGAGAUGGGGACUGUGGCAGCACGCUGGCCAAGGGAGCUAAAGCCAUCCUGUCAGCCUUGGGGCCAGCUGACUCCCCCGGCCUGUUCUGCCAGACUCCUGCUGUCCUGCUACAGGAGAUGGCCUCCAUCGUGGAGAAGAGCAUGGGGGGAGCAUCAGGAGGGCUGUACAGUCUGUUCCUGACCGCCGGGGCACCAUCUGUGAUGACAGCUGUCACUCCAGCCUGCUGGACGGCUGCUCUCAAGGCCGGGGUAGCCUCCAUCAUCAGGUACGGAGGGGCUGAUCCAGGUGACAGAACAAUGUUGGAUCCCCUUCAUUCAGCCACUGAAGUCCUGCAGGCUCUGCAAGUGGAGAGUGCUGAUACCAUGGCAACACUCAAGGAGGCUGUAGAAGCAGCAGAGAAUUCAGCACAGAGGACAGCUUCCAUGGCGGCGAGGGCUGGCCGUGCCAGUUACGUCAGCACGGAUCGCCUGACCCGGCCCGACCCAGGGGCACAGGCCGUGGCCAUCUGGAUGAGAGCUAUCUACACCACACUGGAAAAGUAGUUUUCACGAUUAGCUAAAAAUUAAUGACAUUGAUAAUCUAGACCGAGUAAGAAGAUAUUUUCGGAAACAAAAAUGCUGCAGGACAGUGAAUUGAAAAAAGUGUCAAAAGGCCAACAAGUACAUGUUGAAUGAAGUUAAAAUGUAAUGCUUGCUACUGUAAGCACGUCAGCAGAACGCACUGCACCUGCGCGAAACCCGUAAAUGUAUUGUACAUAGCACUUCGACAGAACGUCUCAUACAAGGUUGUACUAGCGCAUAUAAGAUCCCGUCUGUAGCUUCCAAAUGUUAUGUAGGAAAAGAUAUCCUUUGCAACAGGCAAAAUUCCGAUGCAACGUUGACCAAAAAUCCACCGAAAAUCGUGGAAAUACAGGGUUCUGCGCAGGCGCAGUACGUUCUGCCGACGUGCUGCUACUGUAACAAGUCUAUCUCAGUUGUG